AUGAGUGAGAACUGGAAGUUGAAUUUCACGAUGCCAUUUGAUGUACAUUUCUCUUUGCCAGUGCAGAACUAUACCAUUCCUGUUCUUGAAAUUGAGAUGCUUGCCAUCUUUGCCGUCACCCAAAUCACUCAUUUUUUUCUAUCUUUUGCUGGUCUUCCUAAGCUUGUCUCUGAGCUUCUGGCUGGGGUAUUCCUUGGUGAUGCAGUAGCAGCAACUUUUAUUGAAAAGUAUGCAAGCAUCGUAUUUCGGUUUGUGAAUCAAGAAAUACUUGGCACAAUAUCAUUGUUUGGGUACUCAAUGUUCAUGUUCUUGAUCGGAGUUAAAAUGGACCCGAGUAUCGUAUUCAAAACCGGAACGAAGGCCUUCUACACCGGUGCACUCGCCAUGUUAGCACCUUUACUAUUCGGUACCAUAGCUCAACUGGCUGUUGGCCAAAUAUGGAAUUUACACAAACAAGGCCAUUUGCAGAUCGUCUUCGUAUUAACCACACAUUCACUCACAUCAUUCCCAGUGAUAGCUUGUCUCCUCGGUGACCUCAAAAUCCUAAGCUCCGAGCUUGGUCGGUUGGCAUUGUCUUCUGCCAUCGUUAGCGAUGUGUUUGGAACUUUUCUCACAUCUGUUACUACCAUGGCUAAGGUCAUGGACCACUCAAUUCCCAUUUUUAUAAGGGACUUGACUUUAUUGAUAAUGUACCUAUUUUUCGUUGUGUAUGUUGCUAGACCAGCAAUGUUAUGGGUGGUCAAACAGACACCAGAAGGCAGACCUGUGAAGAAAGUUUACAUUUCCUUGAUCAUCUUGCUUGUCCUGGCUUCCGGUUUGCUUUCCAAUUUCUACCAUUUUACUCUUGUUUUUGGGCCAUUUAUAUUGGGCUUAGCCGUCCCUGACGGGCCUCCACUUGGAUCCACUUUGGUCAAGAAGUUUGAUGUCAUUACCAAUGGAGUUUUCAUGCCAAUUUUUACCACCAUCUGCAUGUUGAAAGCAAGCCCGCAUGACCUCAAGUUUAGUACCCCUUUGGAAAAGGCCAAUGCAGUUGUUGUUUCUGUCAUUGUCAUCUCCAAAUUUCUCUUCGUCCUGAUUCCUCCAUUGUUCUGCAAGUUGCCUCUCAAGGACUCUAUUGCGCUUUCCCUCAUUAUGAGCUACAAAGGAGUGGUUGAGAUGGCCACCUAUAGCUUUGCCAGAGACAGCAAGGUUAUAGACUUCGAGGUCUAUGCAUUUGUAAUGGCGACAAUCCUUUUCACUUCAAUCACCGUUCCGCUUCUCGUCAAUGUCUUGUACGAUCCGAAAAGGAAAUACGGAGGAUAUCAGAAAAGAAACCUCAUGCAUUCCCAAUAUGAGUCUGAAAUCCGUAUACUUGCUUGUGCUAAUCGAUCCGACAACAGUGCAGCCAUUAUCAACCUUCUUGAUACCUCAUGUCCAACGAAGGAAAACCCCAUUGCCGUCUACGUUCUCCAUCUCAUCGAGCUCGUCGGCCGAGCUUCACCCGUUUUCAUUUCCCACCAGCUUCAGAAGAAAACUCUCACGAACUACUCCUACUCCGAAAAUGUCAUCCUCUCCUUCACUCAUUUUCAGAGAGAAAACGAAGGGGCUACGUCUGUGAGUGUCUUCACCGCCAUCUCUCCGACGACUUACAUGCACGACGACAUCUGUACUCUUGCUUUGAACAAGCUCACCUCCCUUAUAAUCCUCCCGUUCCAUCGAAAAUGGUCCGCGGAUGGAAGUACCGUUGAAUCGGAAGACCAAACAAUUAGAUCACUCAACUGCAGUGUCCUCGAAACAGCACCUUGCUCUGUUUCGAUCCUCGUAACCCGUGGACACGUAAAGAACUUGAAUUCCGCUGCUUCGAAAUCGGAGACGUACAGAGUGGCGAUGAUCUACAUGGGCGGUAAAGACGACAGGGAGGCAUUGACAUUCUGCAAAAGGAUGGUUAAGGACUCGUGCAUAAAGCUGAGCGUGAUAAAUUUCAUUGGGGUUUCUGAGAAUGGUGAUGACGAUGAGAAUCACUGGGAUAGAGUUUUGGAUAAUGAAAUGCUUAAAGAGAUUGUCCAGAACAAUGUUGUGGGAAAUGGGCAUGUGAGAUAUGUUGAGGAAAUGGUGAGGGAUGGAACACAAACUGCUCAGAAGAUAAGAGCCAUGGCUAAUGACUAUGAACUGUUUGUGGUUGGUAGAAGAUAUAAUGUAAAAAGUACUCAGACUGUAGGUUUGGAUCAAUGGAGUGAGUUUCCUGAGCUUGGUGUUGUUGGAGACUUGCUUGCUUCUUCGGAUUUUGUGAGCAAAUCUCAAGUCUUGGUCAUACAACAACAGCAAACGAGCUAA